CCCCCAAAGUUUUACUAAACCCUUAUUCCCGGCUUUUCCAUCCGCUACUGUCAACCGCACUCUCUCCGCCGCUCUUCCACCACGCCGGGAAAUGGCCGAUAAACUAGCCGACGUGCCGGAAAGGGUUCUUGUAGAAACUGUAAAAUUAGCUCAAAAACAAGGAAGAAAAGGCAUUAAUGGCACAUGGAAAGAGUUUCUAAAUGUUUACGAUAAGAAAAUCGGGUCAAGCUUAAGCGACCCGGCCAAAAGACCGCGUGAUUGUUUAGUUUCGUUUUUACAAACAUUUACUCAGAAACCAGACAUUGAGUUUGUGGACCGUGUACUACGGCUACAUUUUAAUCAUGAAGUUGUAGAUCAAAUUAGAAAAGAGUCUCCUGAUGAUGAAUCAGCUGAACAGAAGCUAGUUCGAGCAACCAUUGAGCAUCCGUAUUACCUUUCAAAGUAUGCGUUCCCGUCGUAUGAUCAGGACUGGCUGGUUACAAAGCUCCCUAAGAAAUCCAAGCUGGCGAGUAUAGAUGCAAUUGUGGCUAUUGAUUGUGAGAUGGUUCUUUGUGAGGAUGGCACAGAAGCUUUGGUGAAGGUUUGUGUUGUGGAUCGCAAUUUACAGGUAAAACUUGAUGAAAAAGUAAAUCCUUACAAACCAGUUGCAGAUUAUAGAUCUGAUAUAACUGGAAUUACUGCGAGAGAUUUGGAUGGAGUGUCUUGUUCAUUAGCGGAUGUACAGAAGUCCAUGAAGAAGCUAUUACGCAAGGGAACUAUUUUAGUGGGCCAUGGUUUAUAUAAUGACCUACACGCUCUAAAGAUAGACCAUGCCAGAGUGGUUGAUACUUCAUUUAUCUUCAGACGUUCAGAUGGGCGUCCACCUUCUUUAGGCACCUUGUGUAAGUCUGUGCUGGGUUAUGAACUUCGCCAAGGAGGUGCUCCUCACAAUUGCAUAGACGAUGCACUUGCUGCAAUGAAACUAUUUCUUGCCAGGAUUGAAAGGGGAGGUGAUGAUGACAUUCUAGUGAAUCAAGAAGAUUUGCUAGAAUCUGAAUUGACAAAGCUAUUUCUCCAUGGGAUCCCAACUGAUGUCCGCAGUGAAGAGUUACAUGGAGUCUUUCGUGAACAAUUUACAAUUGAACUCAAGCCACCAAAGAAAGGCGGAUCACUAUAUUCUGCACUUGCCAUUUUUGAGAAUUCACAAGAGGCAAACCGCGCUUUUGAAAAAUUGAUUGGGAGAUUAGAAAAGGAUAAAAAUGGACUGCCGCAGAAAAUGAUAUUGCUUAAACGCAAAACAGGAGCAACUGUAAAUCUAUUUGUUCGUAAAGUGGGACAUGAUCAUUUGCUUCUUCAAGAUUUACAGAAAAAACGAGCUUUUGAAGGAGAGGAUACAAGUGAUCCCAAGAAAUUAAAGAGAGAGGAUUGUGAAGAUCACUUGAAAGAGAUUGAAAAAUUAAAGCAAGAUCUAAUUUGGAAAGAUGUUCAAAUAGCUAAACAGGAGAAGAUGAUAAAGUUGCUAACAAAAGAGUUGGAAGGAAAGAAGACUGCGAAGAAGAAAAAGUGAUGAGCACUAGAAACUAUGCGCCCUAACAGAAGGAUAUGUACUUUGACGGAACAGGUACUCACUUAUUGAGAUAUUAUCGAUGCAGAUAAAUAUUCGUGUAGAAUCUGAAACUUUGGAGGGGCGUUUUAGUUCAGAUAAUCUGCCCUUAAUUUUUCGAGGCAAACAAUUUGCCUAUAAUUUUGUAUCUGUCUCAUUAGAUUUUAAUGAAUUUGUAACAUUUAAAUUAAUUAUUUAUAGAAUCAUUUUUUGUACUAGACCAUCCCAGUGAUUCUAAUCAAUAUGAUAGUAGCAAAAGUUGGUUUUGAAUCUUUA